AUGAGCGACAUGCGAGACAAGAUAUUCGGCCUACUUGGGUUGGACGAUGGCAAUGAAGUCAAUGUACUGAAGGCAAAUUACAAGCUGACAGUACGAGAAGUACACAUUGGGACUGCCCUAUACCUCAUCCAGAAAAGAUAUUGGCACAAUGUCAUUGAACUUGCGGAGCCUAUGACAAACCUCAGACUUCGUUCCAAGUACGGAAUUCCCAGUUGGGUUCCCUUGUGGAACUUACAAGAGACCGCCAACAACUCAGUCGACUUGUCAGAACGAUUGGGCGACAUAGAGCUUGGCUGGAAAGCGCGUUUAAAUCAGGAUCCUAUUCUCUCAUCCACGACAGGGAACCCUCUGGUCCCUGCCUCUCAGCAAUUCAGAACUAUCCCAUUCUCAACCAGCCAUGAAACGGCAGAAAAUUUGGGCCCGACGCAAAGCUUCAAAGCAGUAGAUGCCGAGACAGGCUGCCUUAUCACAGCCGGUUAUGAGAUCGCUGUUCUGUAUUACACCAGCUUCAUGUCUGGGGAUGAAAACAGCACAGUCGAUGGCCAGUAUCGUGAGACUAAUUAUCAUAUGCUCAACAACUCCGCUUUCCUUGCCACCAGUGGGCCCGUGUCAAGGUUCCGAAAUAAACCAGAACGCAUGCUGGGGUUGAGUGAUCUCCUUUCUUUGGUCAAGAUAUCUGGCUGCAGAAUGCCCUUUCUCGCUAGCAAGCAUGUGCGGGAUGGAGAUAGCGCCACCACUGGAGGCGUAUGA